CCCAGAAGCACCAGACGCGUUCCUCCGCUUCCUUCCUUCUCCCCCUCCUUAAACCUGCCUCUCGUCUCUUCUAGAUUUGCGCCCUCCCCUUUCCGCCCCUGGUCUCCUCCCCCUCCCUCCCACCGAUCCGCCCGCCCCCCGCCGCGCAAUGCUGGCCGUCGCGGCGGGGCAGGCGACGCUGGGGGAGCCGUCGUCGUCGGCGGCCGCCGCCGCCGCCGUGCCCAAGCGCCGGGAUCCCACGCCGGAUCAUCCACCGUAUUCAUGGAUGAUCGAAGAGGCGAUCCAGGCGCUGGGCGAGGACGGCGGCUCGGCGGAGUCCGCCAUCUCGGGCUUCAUCCGCGGCAGGUACCCCGGCGUCCCCGCCGCGCACGACAGGUUCCUCCGCUACUACCUCGCCAAGCACGUCGCCGAGGGCCUCUUCGUCUGCGCCGCGCCUGGGCGGUACUCUUGCUGCUCCGACGACGAGCCCCAGCCCGAGCUCGCACUCACCGAUGUCCUGGCGGCGGCUGCUGCGCCGGCACAGCCCAAGCGCGCCCGCGGUCGGCCUAGGAAGGAUAGCUCGCUGGUGGUGGUCAAGCGUGGGCGCGGUCGGCCUAGGAGGGAUGAUUCGCAGGCCGCUGCGGUGGCGGUGAGUGCUGGGCCUCCGAUGACAGGGGCCAAGCGCGGCCGCGGUCGGCCUCGGAAGGAUGGCUCGGCGCCCAAGCCGGCUUCUGGCAAGAAGUUUGUGAGCGGGUCGCCAUCCGCGAUGCCCAAACGCCGUGGCCGGUCUCGCCUUCUGACGGAUGUAGGGGCGGCCGACGUCUCCGGCGAAGCGCUCGUCACGGACAAGAAAGACAGCACUGAGGCUCCAUCCGCCACUGAUAAGAACCAUGGGGAACCUCGCGAGCUGGCACUUGCGAUCGUCAACGACGGCUCUGGUGCAGCAUUACUUACGGAGGAAGAUGGCGGCGAGGCUCCAGCAGCCAAGCGGCCGCUCUUGGCCAAGGAACCUGCCGCAUUCAGUACGCCAGAGUGCAGCACCCAGCCCUGCAAACUGCCCCUUGUGGCAGCUGACGAAAACUCUGCUCGGGCCCUAGCCUCCGACAAGGAGGGUGACACCGAAGCUCCAUUUGUGAAGCACAAGCGCCGUCGUCGGACCUGCAGAUCAGAGCCGGCAAAAUCCACCUGCGGCUCUCCCUCAACAUCAAUUGCAGACAAGAAGGCCGGUGGCAACGUUGCAUCUGCUCCACCCAAGGGCCGUGGCUGGUUGCGCAAACCGACAUUGAUGGCUGCCGCCGCCGACGAAAUUACACCCAAUGAGGCUCGAUCAUUACCGGGCAAGCCGCGCCGCAAACCUCGCAAACAGUUUCUGCUGAACUUUUAUGAUGAGGUACCAAAUAGUCCAAAGUUCUGUGUCCUCGCACUGCCUGCCCAGGUGCCAGGGGCAACAAAGGCGCCGUAGUUCUGAAGCAUGGCAGCUCAUGGAACAUCGUCACAUAGUUGAAAGAACACCUCUUGAGUUCCUAAAUGCAGUGCACAGGACGAUAGCUUUUGUGUUCUAUCCAUCAUCGGUAGUUUUAGGUUUUUUGUUGUUGUUGUUGAACUUCAGCAGUUUUAGGGGUUGAUUGAACUAGGUAGGGAUAUUUCUUUUCGGAGCUCCAGUUUAGUUCAAGUCUGAACAAAUACCACCAUCCGUCCAACAAGGCCCUGAGGGUUUGCCUUCAGACUGAAUUUGUAUGAAUCUCGUCAGUUCAUGCGAAAAGAAAAACAGAUGCAAUUGUUCUGGUUCUUUGA